GAAAGAAAAGAAAAAAAUACAAAUCCGAUCAACUCCGAAUCAGAGCCACUCACCCAAGAGAUACAGUCACCAGCUGAAUGCCUGAACAUAUUUCAAUCUCCAUGGCCAAAACUUGAAGCUUCUAUUCAAAUUCGUCAACUUUCUGCUAAUCAUGGCGUCAAUCUCUACCUGUUUCGCCAUUUCCCAGAGUUCCCGCCUAUAUUUCCAUCCUCUCAUCACCCUUAAACCCUCAAUUUGCGUAAAGCCGUCUCCCAUUACUUUUCCGGCCCUUCCGACCCGGAUUGCGCCGCCGGAAUCCAGGUCAAGGGGUUUCGUUCCGAUUGUAAGAGCGGGCAUUGACAUUCCUUCCGAUAUUAGACCUGGAAGUGUAGUGGAGAGCGAUAAAUUGCCGUCGGACGUGAGAAAGAGAACGAUGGAGGCUGUGGAGGCGUGUGGAGGAAGAGUAACCAUUGGAGACGUUGCGAGCAGGGCGGGACUUAAGCUCAAUGAAGCUCAGAAGGCUUUGCAAGCUCUAGCUGCUGAUACCGAUGGUUUUCUGGAGGUUUCUGAUGAGGGCGACGUUCUCUACGUUUUCCCUAAAGAUUAUCGUUCAAAGCUUGCAGCCAAAUCGUUUUGGAUCAAGUUUGAACCUCUUAUAGAGAAGUCAAAGGCCGCUGCUGAAUAUCUUGUUAGGGUUUCAUUUGGAACGGCUCUAAUUGCUUCAAUCGUUCUUGUAUAUACUACAAUUAUUGCUCUAAUUUCAAGCAGAAGUGAAGAGGAUAAUCGUGGAAGACGCAGCAGAUCAUAUGAUUCAGGAUUCACGUUCUAUUUCAGUCCAACUGAUCUUUUCUGGUACUGGGAUCCAUACUACUAUAGGAGACGCCGACUACAAACAGAAGAUAAUAAGAUGAACUUCAUUGAAUCUAUUUUCUCAUUUGUUUUUGGCGACGGUGAUCCAAAUCAAGGAAUUGAAGAAGAGAGAUGGAAGUUGAUUGGGCAGUACAUCAGCUCCAAUGGUGGUGUUGUAACUGCUGAAGAACUUGCACCAUAUCUGGAUGUGUCAGAGAGGAACACGGAUGAUGAAUCAUACAUUUUACCAGUUCUUUUACGUUUUGAUGGCCAACCUGAAAUUGACGAAGAGGGAAAUAUUCUAUAUCGAUUUCCCUCCCUUCAGCGCACAGCUUCUUCUCAGCGGAGUGGAAGGAAGGAGUACGUGGGUAGAAAAUGGGCCGACUGGGUUGGAGGGAUUGAAAAAUUUUUCAAAGAGAAGAAAUGGGUCUUUAGUAAAACAAGUAAUUCAGAGAGAGCAAUGGCCAUUGGAUUGGGUGGGCUUAAUCUUUUUGGUGUAAUAGUCCUCGGAGCCAUGUUGAAGGAUGUUGCUGUUAAGCCAAGUGGCCUUAUUAAAUUUGUCUCAGAUAUAUUUCCUCUACUGCAGAUAUAUGCUGGUUCUUUCUUCACAAUUCCAUUGGUACGGUGGUUCAUUAUCCAGAAGAGGAAUGCUGAAAUAGGAAAACGAAACGAAGCAAGGCAAAAGCGUGCUCAAGCCCUUGAACUGCCGGACAUGACCCUCAGACGGAAGCUCCUCAGUGCUCGAGACAUGGCCCAAAAAACUGUAAUCAGUCCAGAUCGAAUUGUAUAUAGUACUGAUCGAGAUUUAAUUGAGCAAAAUUAUGAGCUCCAAGAAUGGGAAAGGAAGUUUCGAGAGAUAGAAAAGUCAGAUUAGAGAAUUGGAAAGUUCUGUGAUUUCAAGGUCUUGACAGUGUCUCCCACGGAUACGUAGUUGUUGUUGGGUUGGGAUUUCACCAAGCUGUUGAUUAGCCCGGAUAUGGGGCUGGUUUCCAAUUUAUUUGGUGAAAUGGAUUCUCUGUUUGAGAAAGUGGUGAAGAUUGUGAUUCUGCUUCAUAACAGAGCUUUUUUUGUUAUAUAGGAUUAGACUGCUUGAUUGUUAAUUACUGUAUAAAAAUUUGAUGGGGGCAGGUUGGGGGAACUGGGGAUUUGAUUUCUCUUUCCAUUUUAGCACUGUAAAAUUAAAAUAACCAAUUUGAAAAUAUAACACAGAACAAUUCGCAUCC